GGUGGUCCCGUGAGAAGUAGCUGCUUAAAGUACUUUUGUUUUAUUUUGGACUUGUAUUAGGAUAACAGUUUACAAAUUACAACAAUUCAAACUGUAUAUGUUAGCUAUGCAGAGAUUAUUUCAUGGGGGGGUCUCUGUGGCUCGAGCGCCUGUAGCAUGGACCUGGAGGCAGAGUUCUUCCCCGCGAGUUUUUCGUCCUUCGGUUGUUUUAAACACAACCAGUAGAGGACGUAAUUGUACUGAUUUACCUGCACGCCAUGGAUACAAAGUAUGGAUGGAGGGGUGUACGAAUAUCAUAUUUUCUUAUUUCUUAUUUGGCCGCAAGCAUUUUUAUUUUCGCUGCAUGGACUAGAAAAAUAAACACAUUCAAACACACAAUUUAUACUUGCAUUUGGUUCUUGGAAGUGACGUUAUAGGGAGAGAACAUGCGAUUAACCAAGAUUGGAAUCCACAGCCCUGUGGUAGUCUGAGAUGGCUAGAUAUGGCCCACCCCCUUACUGAGUCAAGGUAACAGAUAUACAAGGAAAUUAUGGACUGAAACCAAUUGCGAGAACUGAAAUGAGGCAUGAUUGAUCAUUUGGCCAUAGGACAGAAACCACACACAAUCGACAUAAGAUAGAAAGAGGAAAGGGAUAUCGUUACUAGAUUCCUUGGUCUUCAUUGGCUGGACAUUUCUACAAACAUCCUGGAUAAUACGUGAACUCUCCUUGUGGAAAUGGCAUUGUUUACGAGGCUAGGGCAUGGGCGCCGCUUCACCAACGUCAUUCUUAGAGUCAUUGCUAUAGUGGCACUGCUGUGGACUGUGGUCUUUGUGAUCAGUCCUACAGAGAUUGAAUGGGUCCCCACCUUAAGCUGGAGCAACAGAUGGCUGGCUUACAAAGAGUAUGAAGGGAAUGUAGAGGAUGCAUGCAACUGCUCGUCCCUCUUGCAGGGCGAUAUCGAUUGCAUGGAGAACGCCAAGUUACUGAGCAUCUCCAAGGAUUUCCGAAAGAAGUUCCUUAGAAAAGAGGAUAAUUACAUUAAUGCCACCGUGAAUUGCAGAGACUUCCAGACAAGGAAGAAGUACACAAUGUUUCCUCUAAGCAAGGAAGAGGAGGAUUUCCCCUUGGCUUAUUCUAUUGUUGUCCACCAUAAGAUCCAGAACUUUGAACACCUGCUGCGAGCAAUAUACGCACCUCAAAACCUUUACUGUGUCCAUGUGGACAAGAAGGCUAGCUUGGCGUUCCUGGAAGCUGUCAUGAGCAUCACUUUCUGCUUCCCUAACGUCUUCAUGGUCAGCCGACCCGUGGACGUGGUCUAUGCCGGCUGGCCAAGAGUGCAAGCGGAUAUCAACUGCAUGGCUGACCUCUUCAAUGUCAGCACCAAAUGGAAGUAUUUCAUAAAUCUGUGUGGUCAGGACUUCCCCUUGAAAACCAACCUGGAGAUGGUGAGGAGCCUGAAAAUGCUGAAGGGUGCCAACAGCAUGGAGACGGAGAAAAUGCCGGGCGGGAAGCGUUGGAGGGUAGAGGCUGCUCACCACAUCGUGGACGGACAACUUAAGGCCACAGGAGAAAAAAAAGCGCCAACACCCUUCGACCUUCCCGUGAUGUCGGGUAACGCUUACAUACUGGCUAGCCGCGGCUAUGUCCAGAGUGUGCUGCAGGACCAGCGAGUGCAGCAGCUGAUCGAGUGGGCCAAGGACUCGUACAGCCCCGACGAGUUCCUCUGGGCCACCAUCCAACGCAUGCCCGGUGUUCCCGGUUCCUCACCGCCCGAUGCCAAGUACGACUUGACCGACAUGAAUGCCAGAGCACGAAUGGUCAAGUGGCAGUGGCACGAGGGGCCGGUCUACCCUAUGUGUAGCGGACACCACGUUCGGUCCGUGUGCGUGUACGGCAUCGGGGACCUGCAGUGGCUUCUGGAACAGCAUCACUUUUUCGCAAAUAAGUUUGACCUAGCAGCUGACCCGAUAGCCAUUCACUGUCUGGAGUGGUACCUGAGGCACAAGGCACUGACAGACGUAGAUCAGUGGUAAAGUUAUAGAUGUAGUAGUAGUAGUAGUAGUAGUAGUGAGGUGCAUGAUGUAUGGUAGGAAAAUACGUUUGAUAAUACGCUUAUGGCAGAGUCCACAGACGAGUCACAUAUAUCGCUUUAUUUUUUGCUGGUUAUUUAUUGGGAUCCUUUCAUUGUAGCAUUAAGAUGCAAAAGUAAUGUAUGUGGAUUGCCUUAAGAUUAUUGGGUAGCUCUUAAAAAGAGAAAAUAUGUUUUUAUUGGUUGGUAGAUAUAUUUUGCACUUUCAAAUCUUGCCUUGUUUGAUCAUUGGAUUGGAGAUCAUGGGUACUUGUGGAUUAACAAGCAUCUACAGACCCAUCAUUCUAUGUAUUGUACUGAUAUAAACAUUUGUGUAAUUUUAUAUGGAAAUAAAAAAGGGCAUUUUGUAAUUGUGAUGCCCACCAGAUUGGCUACCUAUUCCUCAGUCCUCAUCCCAAAAUGUGGACUGAGGAGGACUAAAAGGGACAGACUGCCCUGAAGAAAUAGAUUGUACAAGGAGCGCGGAGAAAGUGGAAUCACACAAAGUGGGAGUGUCUCAUCGCAAAAGGUGCUGACAGGUAAGACCAUAGACGUAGCUCCUAAGGACACCCCCCUUUGAACGUCUUGUAUAAUGGAAUAUAACUGUAGUUAACUGGGGCAUUGAGUCAUUUAUUUGCAGGCAGGGCAAGAAAGACAACAUACUUCGGUUUGUUUUCUUGAAAGCUUUAUGUGGUUCUUUAUUACUGGGACGAAGGAACAGAAUAAACCAAAGAAAGCAAAUAGACAGAUGUUUCCCAACCAGGAGCCGACGACACCUUGACAGCAAUUCAUGCAUGACAGUGGAGUCCAAAUAUAUAGCUGUCCUGAUCAUAUCAAACAGGGAAAUGGCCAUAAAACCUGAACUAAAUGAAUAGACAACAUAAUCAAGACAGCACAGCCCACAAUAAUGAAUACAAUGGGCAGGGCUCAAUGAACAGCUCUAUUUUGACAUGGUAUAGGUAGCCCUAGUCUAUUCCAUUUAAUUAAAAAAUACAUCUCUGGAUAGUUGGUUAUUGAUCUUGACACCACAUAGGUAAAAUAACAAAUGCCAAACGAAAUCCAGGGGAAGAUACUAAAAUAACAUUUAGGCACAUUCAUCGCACAAAUGUUUUUGCAAAUACAGUGUGAAACCACAUUCUUUUUCAUUUUCUCUCCGUUCUGAAUGAUGCCAGAAUUCCUUCCAUAGCAACAGCACAGUGUUUGGAGUAUGAUUAUGCAUCACAUUCUCUGCACAUUCAUUAACCUGCUAUACAGCGGAGACGUUCAACCAUAUGCACUCCAUAGCCAUGAACUGUAAAGGGCGUGGCAUGCAACAUACUCAAUAGAGUAGCAUUGGCCUUGCAUCAAGAUGAAUCCACAGGUGACUCCCGUCACACCGCAGAGUUACCCUUCUUCUUGUCUCUAGAAGAGAGAGAGACGGAGAUACAGUGGGCGUCAAAUGGAAUUUGUAGUAUAUGGGAGGAAGUAUUUACACGAAAGCAUGAAUCCAUACUGCUUACUUGUCUGCUGAUCGCUGUAGUUCUU